ACGCGCCCGGAGGGGGUAUUAGCGGUUGUGCACGCGCUCGCGCCGCCUCAGUUAUUGUUAACAGAGAGAGAGAGAGAGAGAGCGCGAGCGCGACCGGGCGGAAACACUCACUUUUACAGAUAAAUAAACUGGAAGAAAGGAAUAAAGAUCAGAGCAGAGAGAGAGAGAGUUGAGAAAGUGUUGAGUCAGUGUGGAUUUGUGAACAUGUCUAAACUGAACUACACCGGAGUUUAUCACUGGAUCUCUCAGGACAACUUUGAAUCCUAUCUGGCCGCUUUAGACAUUAACAUAGCGUUGAGGAAGGUGGUGUGUUUGCUGAGACCCAGUAAACACAUUGAACAUGAUGUUAAUUCGGGACAAAUGAAGAUUAAAACCGUCACCACGUUUAAGAACUUCGACAUGGACUUCACUCUGGGACAGGAGUUCACUGAGGACCUGGGACCUGUCGAUGGCAGGAAGUGCCAGACCACAGUGGACUGGGACGGUGAUAAACUGGUGUGUGUACAGCGAGGAGAGAAAGAAGGACGAGGAUGGACACACUGGCUCGAAGGAAACUUACUCCACCUGGAGCUUCGUGUGAAUAAUGUGGUGGCUAAGCAGGUUUUUAAGAAAGCAGAAUGACUGGCUGGUUGCCUAGACGACAAGCUCAUAGCACUGUGGGAAAAGAGACGACCAGCCAAUCAGCAAACAGCAGCAACUAUUGCCCCUCCCCUUUUAUAGUUUCCAUGUUAUUUUAAUGAGUUUAAUUAAACUGAUUGAUUUUAGUGUUAGUGAACGUGGAGAAGCAGGAAGCUUUAAAACACUCCCACUAUCAGUGUGGGGAAAUCCAUUAGUGGCAUGCCACGUGAUAGUGUUUGCAUUAGCUCCUUCCUUCUGUAUCUGUCCUGCUAUGCUAACAUGCUAACACUAACACUGAGGAAAAGCCCCCAAAAUGUGUUCAUUAAAUCUCUCACCGCACUGGACAUGUGAUGACUGAAUUUCCAUCAGAGCUGUAGUUCCUCAGUUUGUCCACAGGAGCAGCAGAGUGCGGUUUAUCAUCACGCUACACUACAGUUCUGUUAUCUCUUCAUCAAAUAUUAAAAGUUCCCGCUGUGACUUGAUGUUUUUUCUUGUUCCAUUAGGAAGUUGAGACUUUAAUGUACUGAAAGAAUAAACUGAUAUGAUUAACAUGUC